GUGACAGUUACCCUUAGCAGACACCGGGAUGCGAUUCCGGUGCCUCGACCACAGCUACUCAUGGAGGUGACCCUCAGGCGCUCAGCGGCUCUUGUAGCCCGCAACGAUGGGCUCCGGUCCACGGCGGCAGCGCUGACUGCGGCUGCCGGCUCCCGACACUUCUCGUUCUCGAGCCUCACCCGCCCACCGCCGAACUAUCCUGGCCAUGUCCCGCUCACCGGUAUUGAAAAGGCCGCUUUGGCCAUUGGAUCCGGGCUGAUGUCCCUGCGUGAUCCCCGACGGGGAGACCUCAUCGCCGCCUUCGGUGAAGCCACCGCGACCCCGUACUUCAUCUACCGCCUCCGCGACGCCAUGCUGGCCUCCCCGACGGGCCGGCGCAUCCUGCGCGACCGGCCCCGCAUCACCUCGGCGUCGCUCAACCUCCCCCGCCUGCGCGCCCUCCCGCCCAACACGGUCGGCCGCACGUACGCGGCCUGGCUCGACCGCGAGGGCGUCUCGCCCGACACGCGCGCCCCCGUGCGCUACAUCGACGACCCGGAGUGCGCCUACGUCAUGCAGCGCUACCGCGAGUGCCACGACUUCUACCACGCCCUGACGGGGCUGCCCAUCGUCCGCGAGGGCGAGGUCGCCCUCAAGGCAUUCGAGUUCGCAAACACCCUCCUGCCCAUGACGGGCUUCAGCGUCUUCGCCGCCGUGACCCUCAAGCCCCGCGAGCGGCGCCGGUUCCGCGAAAUUUACCUCCCCUGGGCGCUGCGGAACGGGCUGCGCGCCAAGGAGGUGAUCAACGUCUACUGGGAGGAGCAGCUCGAGAGGGACGUGGACGACCUGAGGAGGGAGCUGGGGGUCGAGCCGCCGCCGGAUCUGAGGGAGAUCAGGAAGAGGGAGAGGGAAGAGAGGAAGAGGCAGAAAGAACAGGCGGCGGCUGCGGCGGCCGGAGGGGCGUAAAAGAGUUUGAUUGCGUUGGAAGCACACACACACACACACACACACACACACACACACAGGAGUCUUCUAAGGUAGUUGCGCCGCUGACCACGUGUAACAUUAAUGAAGGUUGUACGAUAUGACGACGAAGCAAGUGAGCUG